AUAUAAAUUAGAAAAAACUAGAAAGAUUAUCAACAGUGACAGAAUUGGAACCAUGAUAGACAACAAUGCUCUGCAGAAUUCAAUUGAAUGGGUUGAAGGAUCGUCAAAGGGCGUGAUGGGUACGCAACUGGAUCAUGUAACUCUUGAAGCCCUUCAACUGGUAGAGGCUCACGAGGGCUUUCUUCGUUGUAAUUUUAUUGUUCCAAUCCACCUACUAGAUAAUGAUGGAAAUUGGCAUACUGGAGCAAUAGCAACGUUAAUUGAUUGUUUGGGUGGUAUUACCGUCUACUCUUUUGCUGGGAACCUCAAGGCCUCCCUUGAUUUAAGCAUUUCCUUUUAUUCCACUGCUAAGCUCCAGGAAGAAGUUGAGAUAGUGGGAAAGGUUGUGGGGAAGAAAGGAAAGCUAACAUCUGCAGAGGUGGAGAUCAGAAGGAAAGAUAAUAGACAACUUAUUGCUGUGGGUAGACUAUGGAUAUCUACAUCAAUUCAACAAAGUAACCUUUGACAUGGAAACAUCUACCUACCUUCCUACUAACUUUAUAUAUGGAAAUUUACAUGCUGCAUACAUCUGUUUUCCUUGUUUCUUGGUUAAGGAAUAUAAUUAACCUCGAUCAGGCUUCUCGCUUGCUUAAAUGGAUUGCAGGAGCUUAGUAGCUUGAUUUACGUAAUAAAAAUUUGAUAUGUACUAAUAACUUGAUUGUUUUACCUUUAGUUAUAUUGAGUAUACAGAGCUCAAAAUAGGCAACUUGAUCCUGUGUCUGUUGUUUGUUUUUUUAUAGAAUUAUGUAAGUUGUAUUCAUCAAAGCCAAGAAAUAAAUAAACAGGUAUCUUA